UAAACUGAAUCGACACGUCAUUGGCUUUCACUAUCGCUCACUGUUUGUGUGUUUAUGGAGGGAGGGAGGAGAGGAGGGCCACCGACAGAGACAGCGUGGCUGCUUUGUCGCAGUAACACAACUUCUCCGGCCGAGCUGCAGCUCUUCCCAUCCUCAGGUGGAGUCUGAGAGGUCACCGGCAGCUCUGUGUUCUCAGUGACAGGAAAACUGUUAAACCACACCGAAGGGUUUAACCACCUGCUCGCUGUCAACGAAACCUGGAGCAAAAGCGACUCCCCGCUUCUCCCCCUCCGCCGACUGGGAGCCACCAUCCCCGGAUCGGCCGCAGGGACCCAACCUCAGCGGUUGGUUAGCGGGAAGCUAACACACAUAAACCGUGGAUAUAAACUCAGCAAAUAGCUUUGACAAGGGAGGAUAGACAGCAUUAGCCGUUAGCUGACUUCCCUUCACGAGCCAACGGGAACCAACCGCCGUCGCUGCUGCUGCUGUUGUUGUUUUGGAUUUCAGUUUCAUCUCUCUCCAAAUAUUUCAGUGACAACGUGGAGAUGGAUUGAACCAUGAAGGGCGGGACUGUCCAAUCAUCCAAAUAGGAGGGCCGCUCUCAAAGGUUGUGCUCUUCAGCUUACCUUUGCAACAGAGCUGAGAGACUGAGCAGAAGAUGCCUCCAAGGCCAUCCUCAGGGGAGCUAUGGGGCAUCCACCUGAUGCCUCCAAGGAUCCUUGUGGACUGCUUGCUACCCAAUGGGAUGAUUCUGACUCUGGAGUGUCUCCGAGAGGCCACUCUAAUUGCCAUCAAGCAUGAAUUGUUCAGGGAGGCCAGAAAGUAUCCUCUUCACCACCUCCUACAGGAAGAAACAUCAUACAUUUUUGUCAGUGUUACACAGGAAGCAGAACGGGAAGAGUUCUACGAUGAGACCCGGCGGUUGUGCGACCUUCGACUCUUCCAGCCUUUUCUCAAGGUCAUCGAGCCAGUCGGCAACAGAGAAGAGAAGAUCCUGAACAGAGAGAUUGGAUUUGCUAUUGGCAUGCCCGUGUGUGAGUUCGACCUUGUGAAGGACCCUGAGGUUCAGGACUUCAGGAGAAACAUCCUUAAUGUUUGUAAAGACUCUGUGGAGCUGAGAAAUGCCAGUGGUCCUCACAGCAGAGCUCUGUAUGUUUACCCUCCCAAUGUGGAGUCAACAAAGGAACUUCCAAAACACAUCUCAAGCAAACUUGAUAAAGGUCAGAUUAUUGUUGUGAUAUGGGUGAUAGUUUCCCCAAACAAUGACAAACAGAAGUAUACGUUAAAGAUCAACCAUGACUGUGUGCCUGAACAGGUGAUUGCAGAGGCUAUUCGCAAGAAGACGCGCAGCAUGCUGCUGACCCAAGACCAGCUAAAGAUGUGUGUUCAGGAGUAUCAGGGGAAAUACAUCCUCAAAGUUUGUGGCUGUGAUGAGUAUCUACUGGAAAACUACCCUCUUAGUCAGUACAAGUACAUCCGUAGUUGCAUCAUGCUGAACAGGAUGCCUAACCUGAUGCUGAUGAGUAAAGACAGUCUGUACACCCAGCUUCCUACAGAUAACUUUGUCAUGCCAUCGUAUGCUCGACGCAUCUCCACGGCAACAUCGUAUAUGAAUGGAGAGGCAUCUUCCAAGUUGCUGUGGACCAUCAACGGAACUCUGCGAAUACGGAUCCUUUGUGCCACCUAUGUUAAUGUGAAUAUACGGGACAUAGACAAGAUUUAUGUGAGGACUGGAAUUUACCACGGAGGUGAACAAAUGUGUGACAACGUCAACACGCAGAGAGUACCUUGUUCUAAUCCCAGGUGGAAUGAGUGGCUCACUUAUGACAUGUACAUCCCGGACAUCCCCCGAGCUGCCAGACUCUGCCUCUCCAUAUGCUCGGUCAAAGGCAGAAAGGGAGCCAAGGAGGAACACUGUCCACUGUCUUGGGGCAACAUUAACUUGUUUGACUACACUGGCACUCUGGUGGCCAACAAGAUGGCUUUGAACCUUUGGCCCGUCCCUCAUGGACUUGAAGACCUCCUCAAUCCGAUAGGGGUCACUGGAUCUAAUCCCAAUAAGGAAACACCAUGUCUGGAGUUGGAGUUUGACCACUUCAGCUGUCCUGUCAAAUACCCAGAUAUGAAUACAGUGGAGAGUCAUGCAAACUGGAUCAUCUCCAGAGAACUGGGCUUUAGCUACAGCCUCUCAGGACAGAGUAGUCGCGCGGCCAGAGAUCACGCCCUGACAGAGAGCGACAGUGAACAGAUGAGACAGCUGAGUAACAGGGACCCUCUGUCAGAAAUCACAGAGCAGGAGAAAGACUUCCUUUGGAGACACAGGCAGUAUUGUAUACACAUCCCUGCAAUCUUACCCAAGAUACUUCUCGCUGUCAAAUGGAAUUCCAGAGAUGAAGUAGCACAGAUGUACUGCCUGCUGGAGGAAUUGCCAUAUAUCCCUCCAGAACAGGCCAUGGAGCUGCUGGACUGUAACUACCCAGACCCCAGGGUCAGGCACUUUGCUGUUCGUUGCCUCGAGAAAUACUUGACCGAUGAUAAACUCUCCCAGUAUCUAAUCCAGCUUGUUCAGGUAUUAAAGUAUGAGCAGUAUCUCGACAGUCCAUUAGCUCGCUUCCUCCUCCAAAAGGCCCUGACCAAUCAAAGAAUAGGACAUUUCUUCUUCUGGCAUCUCAAGUCAGAAAUGCACAAUAAAACCGUGAGCCAGAGGUUUGGGUUGCUUCUGGAGGCUUACUGCAGGGCCUGUGGCAUGUACCUGAAACACCUGAGCAGGCAGGUUGAAGCCAUGGAGAAGCUCAUAAAUCUUACAGACAUCCUCAAACAGGAAAAGAAGGAUGAGACUCAAAAGGUCCAGAUGAAGUUUCUUGUAGAGCAGAUGAAGAGACCAGACUACAUGGAUGCUCUGCAGAACUUCACCUCUCCUCUUAACCCUGCACACCAGCUUGGAAAUCUGAGGUUAGAUGAGUGCAGGAUCAUGUCAUCAGCAAAGAGACCACUGUGGCUCAACUGGGAGAACCCCGACAUCAUGUCCGAGUUACUGUUCCAGAAUAAUGAAAUAAUCUUCAAAAAUGGCGACGAUUUGCGGCAGGAUAUGCUGACGCUGCAGAUAAUCAAGAUCAUGGAGAACAUUUGGCAGAAUCAGGGACUGGACCUACGGAUGUUGCCCUAUGGCUGUUUGUCAUUGGGAGACUGUGUGGGUCUAAUAGAGGUGGUUCGAAACUCCCACACCAUCAUGAAAAUUCAAUGUAAAGGAGGUUUGAAGGGAGCCUUGCAGUUCAACUCCAACACUCUCCAUCAGUGGCUCAAGGACAAUAACAAAGGAGAGAUGUAUGACAUGGCUGUGGAUCUGUUUACAAGGUCAUGUGCUGGCUACUGUGUAGCUACAUUUAUUCUGGGCAUAGGAGACAGACACAACAGCAACAUUAUGGUCAAAGAAGAUGGACAGUUGUUUCAUAUAGAUUUUGGCCAUUUCCUGGAUCACAAGAAGAAGAAAUUUGGCUACAAGAGAGAGCGAGUCCCUUUCGUUCUGACACAAGACUUCCUGAUCGUCAUCAGUAAGGGAUGCCAGGAGUACACAAAGACCAAAGAGUUUGAGAGGUUCCAGGAAAUGUGCUACAAAGCGUACCUGGCCAUCCGACAGCAUGCAAACCUCUUUAUCAACCUCUUCUCCAUGAUGCUGGGCUCCGGCAUGCCUGAGCUGCAGUCAUUUGAUGACAUAGCUUACAUCCGGAAGACGCUGGCACUGGAGAAAAGUGAGCAGGAGGCCUUGGACUAUUUUAUGAAACAGAUGAACGAUGCCCAUCAUGGAGGUUGGACCACCAAGAUGGAUUGGAUUUUCCACACAAUCAGACAGCAUACACUAAACUAAUUAAACCCCCAAAAGAAAUGCCACCGUCUCAACAUGGACUAUUUAUUAUUCUUUAGGAGAGUCGACACUUUUUGAAGGAAUUCAUUUUUCCCUCAAUAGCUAACUCUAUAAAACUCUCUAUAGAAGUUCAUUUUUGAAGCACUUUUUUAUAUUUUAAAAACAGGGUUCUGGGUUUUUCUUGGAUUAUUCUCUUGGUUUGCCUUUUCUCUAUGGUCUGCUGCUAUCGUCAGUGUGUCAGAUUUUCCUCAGGACCCUCUGAGGAAGGUAAGCUUGAUGAGACUUUUUUUGUUAUCCUUUCCCAGAGUUUUCAGUGAAAAAAAAAAAAAAGAAA